ACUCUUUGAAACUGGACGCAGCGAGCGGCAAAAAAAUAAAAAUAAUCAAAAUAACAAAAUAUAAGAAAACAAAAUUCAAUACGGGCGCGCCAAAAUUUAACAAAAUUGACAACAAAUUUAAAAGAUAUUUGAAUAAUUUUUGGAGCUUAAACCAAGCAAAGUCAAGUGCAGUGUGACCCCUAACGAAAAGGUGUGUCCAGUGUGUGUGAGUGAGCCCCUUGUUAACUGUUGACUACAGCUGCCCCCACCCACCUCAUACCCCGUAUUCAACCCCACCCCACAAUCAAGUUGCAUGUGAACCGGCGAUCCAAUGAAAAUGGAGGAUCCCACCAUAGCCGACACAUAUGUGCAGGAUUUUAACUUGGAUCAUUUGGGCGUCAACAAUACUACAAACAGCUCGGUGACAACCCUAACACCUGUGACCAUCUCCUCCACAGCCGCCGCCGCCAUCGGGCAUGUGAAGCGCGAAGAUCACAGCCCGCCUCAGCCGAUAAAAUGGACAACAGUUCAUAGCGCCGAGCCGCCAGCAGAUGAUGAAACGGAAACGUUGCCUCUGCCACUACCCUUGCCGCUUCCAAUUUCUGUGCCGGAUCCCGUACCCGGUGCUGAACCCUUGGCAUCUGUAUCGCACAUUAAGCUGCGCUCCUUCUCAGGCCAUCAUCAGUGGCAUAUGGAUGAGCGUCGGUUACAGCCACUCAGUCCGCCGCCCGAGGGAUAUGUAGGCGGUCCAAUGGGCGGACAAGCGGUGCUGGUUAAUACCACGUCCGGCACAACAGCAACAGCAGCUGCUGCUGCAGCCGCCGCUGCCGCUGCUGUGGCUGCGUCAGCGGUACCUGGUGGUGUACCCUCCACUCCACCGGAGACGCCACCCGUGGUGGGCUCUCCAAAUGGCAGCAGCAGCUGUCCCAGUCAGGCAUAUGCACAUCAUUACCAUGCCGGACGCAACAGCAACUCGGGCGCAAAUGUAGCUACCGUGGGUCUUAGCCAGGAGAUGAUGUGGCUGCCCAAUUCGAUGCGCACCGACCAGCAGCCAUUGGACUUGCGUCCACUUGCGUGCCCGGGCUCUCAGGAGGAAGCUGAAGAAUGGGAACGGCAGCGGGAGUAUGCUAUGCAUGCCGCUGCAGCGGCUGCACAUCAUCAUCAUGGACAUACACUGAUGCAGAGCCAUCAUCAUCAUGCCAUCAGGCAUAUGGCACAAGCACAACAUCCCACUCAUCAUCCGCACUUCCAUAGUCUGGAGCAUGCUUUGCCCAUUAAUAUGCAUUCAAAUUCAGCCAACUCUUGUGCGGGCAGUCCGGGUCCGGUCAGUGUUCCGCCUAGUAAUUUGUAUCCAACGAUCACCAAUUGUGGACCUCAUGUGCCCUCAGCGGGCAGCAGCAGCGGCGCCAGCAGCGCCUCCAAUUCACGAGGUUGUGUCCGAUCGAUUCUACAGCCGUAUCGCCCGCUCUCGGCCAGCUCGACGAGGAGCUCCAAUAAUUCGCCUCACACUUGCUCUGGCGCCUACAGCAAUGCCACGCUCGAGGAUUGCAUCAACGAUGAUAUGCUGACCACUUUGACGGUUCGGGAGCUAAAUAAACGACUGCAUGGUUGCCCACGCGAAGAGGUUGUCCGGCUGAAGCAGAAACGUCGGACUCUCAAGAAUCGUGGCUAUGCACAGAACUGCCGCUCCAAACGUCUGCAUCAGCGUCACGAACUGGAAAAGGCCAAUCGUCAGCUCAAUCAGGAUCUGCAUCGACUGAAGCUGGAGUAUUCACGCGUCUGCCAAGAACGGGACAGUCUAAUGCAGCGCCUACAACAGCAAAGAAGCAGCACGGGCGCCGCCGGUGGUGCGGACAGUCAAAGUUCCCCAGAGUUUUAUCUAUGACGCCAACUGGCGGCGGCCUCAACAGCUUCCACCUCAAAUAACUCGCAUCCGUUGCAGCAGCCGCAGCAACAUCGUGCCUCGCAUUCGCACUCGCACUCGCAUCCGCAUUCGCAUCCGCAUCCGCAUCCACAUCCGAGUUCGCAGUGGCCACCCCAGCAGGUGGUCAACUAAUUAGAGCUGGUAAAUGACAUCUUGAAAUAGUCCACAGGUGAAAAAGAGUUCCCAACAACAUUUCUAUUUCCCUUUAUAUAAUGUAUAAGAGUAAAUGUUCACAGGUGAAGAAGAAGGCAUAUUAGCUAAAUUUCCAUUAAAAUAGAUUUUCUUUUUAACGGAACUUGCAUCAUAUUUAGAUAUGUUAUAAAUGGGCGCAAUUAAAAUGUUUCCACGUUACUUUUCACAUUGCAACUUAUCUCCGUUUCUACUACAAAGCUACAUAAGAAAUUUCU